AUGUAUCACGAGGAUCCUUCCUCCUUCUUUGCACCUUCAUGGUGCACCUCUCUGGAUUAUUCUUCUAUGUGGAUAUCCGGCUGUCGACCAUCCUCGUUUAUCCAACUUCUUUAUGCACUUGGUAGUAAACUGUCAUCAAACAAACUAACAAUGGUAAACAAUUUACAUCUAGACACUAUUAAGAAAGAGGAUAAGAUAACGACUAAGUUGGCGAGUUUGCAAGAAGAUAUGGCGGAUCAACCCAUCUCCUUGAUUGCUAAGAAUUUGAGCGAAGUUGGAAAGCCAAGUGAGGAAGUAGAUCGGGCGCUUGAUGAACACGAGUCAGCAAUGGCAAAUAUGAUUCAAGAGGUGGAUAAGUUGAGGGUAAACACGCUUAAGGAGUUUAUUAAUAUAUUGACGCCGAAGCAAGCGGUGGAUUUUCUAGCUUCAAGUAAGAAGUGUUGA